AUGGCAGAGCAAUUCCUCCACCAGCUUCUCCGCAAGGAGAAUAGCGUGCACUCAGACGAGAGUCAGCAAUGUCAUAUUUGUCUGUCGGAAUUUGGCACAUUAUCCUCGGACACUGGUGUCAUCGAGUGCCAAAUUCGUCUCCCUUGCAACCAUACACUUGGCUCUGCAUGCAUCGCAACAUGGUUGAAAUCCAACAACACUUGCCCUGUCUGCCGACAUGUCUUGUUUCCGCGGCCAGCAGAUGACGAUGACGAUGACGUUGACGACGACGACGACGAGAGCCAGAUUGUACGAUCGGGUAGAACUUCACCUGUCUAUAUUGACACGGACGAUGAGGAAUAUGAUGAACACCUGAGCACUCGGGUGGCUAGAGCUGCCCGUAUCUCAGAACUUACCUUUAGCUACUCCGCCGCCCUCCACCUCAAUGCAUCGAUCACUAUAUGUUCCCACGGCAUUGCGGAGAAAUGUGGCAGCCUUAACUCACUUCCUGGUCGCUCCGAAGCUUCUAUUGCGGCAGCCUCCGUUUACAUGGCCUCUCACAUUGGGCUUCAACCCAAAACUCUGAGAGAGAUUUCUCAGCUGGCGGACAACACUGAAGGCACUAUCCAGACUGUCUAUCGACGCAUCUACGCCUACUUUCACACUAUGCCUGAAGGAACGUGGACACAGAUCUGUCGGGGUCUACCUUGGCAUUCUGACGACUGGCCUCCUCUUGAGCACGAAUUCGUGGCCGGUGAAACCGGUGAGGAUGAAGAAUACAUGGAAGACAUCUGGUCCCAAUUCUCCACCGAGCUCCAUCUACAGCCCACCGUCGUCACAAUAGCAAAACGAAUGGCGAUCAAACUGGAAGCUUGGCCUGCACUCGCAUCUUACGAACCGAUAUCUCUCGCGGCCAUAUGCAUCUAUAUCGCUUCAUACAUAGCCGGGUCCCCCGAAUCUCACGUCGAGGUGGCCAGAGUGGCAGGAGAUAGUUUGUCCUUCCUGCUAUCAGCAUACGAGCAGGUAUACGCAGAUCGCGAACAACUUCUCGACAGCACCAUGACAACCGUUGAUCUGCCUCGCCCUUCUAGCAACGGGGAUCCUCCAUUUUGA